AUGAAUAUAGAAUUAGAUUUAAAAAAAAAAAUUGAUAAUAUAAUAAUUAAUUUAGAUGGAAUUAAUAAAAUAAAAAAAAGUAAUUUGAAUUUUAUAUUUGAUGAAAUCAAAAAAAGCAAUAAUGUAGAAGAAUUAUUUUUUAAUAUAAAAAAGUGUAAUUAUAAAAUAGAUAAUUUAAAUAUUUUUGAUGGUGAUCCUAUCGUAAAAUUAAGUAGUUCUAAUAAAAAUGUAAUAAUAGAUUAUAAAUUAAAAGAAAGAAAAAAUAAUUAUAUGAUAGGAACAAAUGUAAAUAACAGAGGUGAGGUAACUGCAGAUUUUGAAAUUAACAUGCCAUAUAUAUUUAAAACAAUAAAUAGUGCUGAAUUAAAAGCAAAUAUAUGUAGUUUAUCUACAAAUAAUUUUUCUUUCCGCCUUUUAAUUCCACAUUUAAAAUAUUUAGCAAAUUAUAGACUAAUAUUAGAAAGUAAUAUAAGUAGUAUAAAUAAUAUAAAAUGUUCUUCAUAUAUAACUAAAAUGAAUUCAAUUAAAACAUAUCUAUUAAAAAAUAAUCACUCACUUAUAUGGGAAGUUAAUUAUAAUAAAAUACUUCAUAAUAUAAAUAAAAACUUCAUACCAUCAGAAAAAAUUUUAAAAUUGUGUGAUCAAUAUAUAAAAAACACAAUAAAAUAUAAUUAUAAAAAGGACAAAUUAAAUUAUUCAUUAAGUAGUGAAAAAAACGAAGAAGUAAUAUAUUCACAUUAUCCAACUUCUGGCUAUUAUUAUGAAAUAGAAAAUGAAGUGUCUUUGCCUUUUUGUGAAGCCAAAUUUUUUAAAAAUCAUAUUAAUUUUUUGUAUAUAAAAAAACUAAUAGAAAAUCUCUAUGCAUAUUUUAAUAUAAGUAACGGAAUUAAAUAUGAUUAUGGAAAAAAAAAUAUUUCGUAUUUAAAUAAUUUUAAUUUUACUGGAAGCAUAGGAAGUUCACUAAUAUUAAGAGGAUUUGAGUAUAAUAGUGUUGGUAGCACAGAGGAAUGUUUUAAAUUUGAUAAAAAAGAAAAAAAUUAUAAAAUAAAUUAUAAUUAUUUAGGUGCUAAUUUUUUUUCCAAUAUUCAAUUUAUAUUUAAAUAUAUUUUAAAUUUUAACAAUAUUAAUCCGAUAUUAUUUUUUUAUCUACAGUUAGGAAGACUCAGUAAUAACUUAUUCCCUUCAUUUAAACAAUUAAUAAAUGAUACUAGAAUUUCAACAGGUAUUGGAAUAAUGUCAUAUAUUCAAAAAAAUAUUUCUUUGGAGUUAUUUUUUUGCUUUCCUUUAUGGUAUCAAUUAACUGAUAAAAUAAAAUUUUUUCAAGUUGGAUUAAAUUUUAAGGGAAUUUUAUAA